AAACAGUCCUCGGCUGCUUAUUUCUCGCCCCGCUUCCGUCUCUACUUAACCUCUCCUUCCUCUCUUCUCUUCCUCUUCUCUUCAUCACCUCUACUCUUCUAUCAUAUUCACCAUGGACCGCCUCUCUAACCUCGCCUCCCAACUCGCCCCCAACGACGCCUCCGCCGUCUCAAAACUCCUCGAAAAGCACCCCGACGACGUCGUCAUCGUCGGCGCCUACAGAUCCGCCCUCACAAAGGGUGGCAAGGGCGGCUUCAAGGACACCACCGCCGCUGACAUCCUCACCGCAGUCCUCAAAGGCCUCAUCGAGCGCACCGGCGUCGACCCAAAGUACCUCGGCGACGUCUGCGUCGGCAACGUCCUCGCCCCCGGCUCCGGCGUCACCGAGCACCGCGCCGCCUGCCUCGCCGCCGGCAUCCCCUACUCCGUCCCCUACAUCUCCAUCAACCGCCAAUGCUCCUCCGGCCUCAUGUCCGUCGACCACAUCUUCAAGGGCAUCAAGACCGGCGACAUCGACGCCGGCAUCGGCGGUGGCGUCGAGAGUAUGUCCAUCAACUUUGGCCCGGGCUCGGUCUCGGAGUUUUCUGACUUUCUCGCAAACCACGAGGAGGGCAAGAAGUGCCUGAUUCCUAUGGGCGUCACCUCUGAGAACGUCGCCGAGGCGUAUGGCGUCACCCGCAAGAUGCAGGACGAGUUCGCCGCCGACUCAUACCGCAAGGCCGAGGCCGCCCAGAAGGCCGGCAAGUUCAAGGAAGAGAUCAUCCCGAUCAAGACCAAGUUCAUCGAUCCCAAGACCGAGCAAGUCUCUGAAAUCGUCGUCUCCGAGGACGACGGAAUCAGACCGGGCGUCACACCCGAGAGCUUAUCAAAGAUCCGCCCCGCGUUCAAGAAAGACGGCACCACGCACGCCGGCAACGCCUCCCAGAUCUCGGACGGCGCGGCGGCGGUCUUGCUCGCGCGCAGAUCCUUUGCCCAGAAGCAGGGCUGGCCUAUCGUUGGAAAGUUUGUCGACUGCGCUGUCGUCGGCGUGCCUCCUGAGGUCAUGGGCGUCGGACCCGCCGUCGCCAUCCCUGCGGUUUUGGAGCGCAACGGUCUUACCAAGGACGAUGUCGACAUCUACGAGAUUAACGAAGCCUUCGCCAGCCAAUGUCUCUACUCCGUCCUCGACUGCAAGAUCGACCCCGCAAAAGUCAACCCCAACGGCGGCGCCAUCGCCUUCGGCCACCCGCUCGGCUGCACCGGCUCCCGCCAGAUCGCAACCCUCAUCCAGGAAUUCAAGCAGUACAACAAGAAGAUCGGUUUGACCUCCAUGUGCAUCGGCACCGGUAUGGGCGCCGCCGCGAUCAUUACUGCUGAGUAGUUGCUGCUUUAGACGUGGGUGAACAUCUGAGGUCUCUUGUUUCUUUUAUUGUUUUUUGUCAUUGUGAUUGUGUCAUUGUAUUUUGUUAUGAA